AUGAAAUACCCAUAUAUAUAUUUUUUUUUUUUUUUGUUAAUUCUAUUUUUUUUUAAGAGAGAAAACUAUGUGUUUAUGCUCAAAGCUUAUGGAAAUAAUUUCGAGCAAUUUAAUAAAAUGUUAGUAAAAUAUUCAAAAUAUCCAGAUUAUAUUAGCACUAUUCAUAAAAAAAAAAAAAAAAAAAAAAAUUUUCCCAAUAUAUUUACUAUACUAUGUUUAAAGGAUAAUGGAUACAGAAAGAGAAAUAUCUAUAGUACUAUAGAAAUUAGAAAAUUAAAAAAUUUAAUAAAAAAAAAAAUAAAUAAUUUUUUAAAAAACGAUCAAUAUAUUAAUAAUAUUCACCCAUUAAAAAAUACCCUUUGGAAAAUAAAUACAUAUAAUUGUCUUUUUCAAAAAAAAAAAACUUUUUAUAUUUAUAUUUACGAAAACGGAACAGUCAAAACAUCAGAUGGUUUAACUGGUUAUUGGUUUUAUGAUAAAUAUCAUAUAACUUGGUGUAUCGAAUAUCCAGAUCGAAAGGUUUAUCACACUUCAGAGCUUGUGUGGAAUAACGAAGAGAGUAAAAUGAUGAAGGGAAUAAUUUACGAGGAAAUGAAAAAAACAAGAUUUUUUCCUUCAUAUAUGUUUAGAAAAAUAUUAUGUUCAUUUGAUGGUAACAUACAUAUUAAUUAA